ACUCUGCGGUAGGCUGGCAGGUACGGCAUCAUGUUGUGCUGGGAGGAUUUUCCUGCGUGGCUCUUUGAAUGGCUCCAUCCCCACCUUGGGUUGGGGUACAGGCAUGGAUAACUUCGAGUACAGCAUCCAGCUGAACGACAGGGAAUGGGCCGAGUUCUUCUUGGCCUCAGAGGAGUGCAACCUCGCCCCGGCCUCGCUGGCCACGGCCGAGGAGCAGUGCCUCAGUGACAUUGAGCAAGGGGACGGCCACGCCAGCCCCGACAGGCUGAUCCCAGCCAGGGAGGGCAGCGAGCCAGCGCCUGGCACAGGGAGCUCUGCCCCACGUGGGGUGCCCGGAGACACCCCCCUGCGCUGGCAGGCCGGUGGGCACCUCUCCCCGCCGGAGCUGCUGUCGGGCAGCGAGGACGAAGCGGAGCUGGGCUCGGUCGGCAGGUUCCUGUGCGAGAGCGACCAGCCCGGCCCUGCCAUGCCCAGCGCACAGAGGAGGCAGCCCCCUCGUCCCCCUGCAGCCCCCCUGGCCGGCCAGGCUGGUGGCACAGCCCAGGGCAGCCCAGGGCAGGACGGAGCAGGCGAAGCGGCAGCGUCAGAGAAAGGAGCAGCCGGAGGCAGCCGGGACAUGGAGACCCCCAGCACUCCAAGCGCCCCCGAGCAGGGAGGGGACUCAGGAGGGGGACAACCCGUGGUGGCACAGCCGGGGACUCCGGUGGGGAGCAGUUCACCAGCACCCCCUGCCAGGAAAAGGCAUCCCAGCGCUUCCCACCCGGAGCCCAAGCUGCGGGGACCCCCGUGUGACUCCCCCAGCCCAUCCCCGGGGGCUGCGCAGGAGGAGGCGAGUGGGGAGAGGGCGGGGGCCGAGCAGAGCUCCCCAGCCGGGUCCCCCAGCGUGGUGAGGCCCAAGGUGCCGGGGCAGCAGAAGAAGAGCCGCAAGCAGCGAGGGGCCAGCGCUGCCGAGGGGGACAGGGAGCCUGUCCCUGCAGCCGCACAGGGACCCGGGAAGGCACCUCCGGGCUCGCCAAUGUCCUCUCGGAAGAGCAAAGGGAAGGAGAAGGUGGCCAAGGCGGCUUUAGGGAGGAUGAGCAGUGAGGAGGCGGCGGAGAGCAAGCCCCCAGUGCCCGGCCCCAGCGUGGAUGAGGAGGAUCCAGCCAGGAGUGCUCCCCCGAGGCAGAAGGGGAAGGAGCCAGGGGCACAGUCCCCGGGGAAGACAAAGGCCACCAAGCCCUCAAAGGCAGGGCAGGCUGGUGGCUUGGGCGUACGUGACGGUGCACCAGUGAUCCCUGACAACGGAGCCGUGGCUCCUUCGGGAGAGGCAUGCCAGGAGAUGCCAGGGAUGCCUCUCCAACCCAAGAGUGUGGCAGCUUUCGGAAGGGAUGCUGCUGAGGGAGCCUGUAGGGAUCCUGCAGCUGAGAUCCCUGGAGUCCCUGCAGCUGAGAUCCCUGGGGUUCCUGCAGUUGAGAUCCCUGGAGUCCCUGCAGCUGAGAUCCCUGCGGUUCCUGCAGCUGAGAUCCCUGCGGUUCCUGCAGCUGAGAUCACCAGCAAGCCCUCAGAGAUCCCCAUGGUUCCUUCAAUUGAAAUCCCUUGGAAGCCUGCCCCUGAGAUUCCCAGGAAGCCUUCAUUUGGGAUCCCCAGGUCUCCUGCUAUUGACAUCCCUAAGAAGACUGGGAUUCCCAGGGUUGUUACCCCUGAGAUCCCUUGGGAACCUGCCCCUGAGAUCCCCAGGAAGCUGAGCCCCCCGUGCUUUGCAGAUGGGGCUUCUCCAAGGUCAAACACCCUGGACGUGACCUGGCCUGAGAUGUAUGACUAUUUUUUCUGUGAUUCCCAAGAGGAAGAAGAACUGGGGAGCUCAGUGGAGGGGCGGAGAUCACCCUUGCAAAGGGAAAUAUCCUGGCCUGAACUGUACGAGUAUUUUUUCAAUGAACCAGAAGGAAACAGGAAAAAAGGGAAAGGCAAAGACAGGAAAAGAAAGAAGUUCAGCAGCUUGGACCACGCUGGGCUGCAAAAUGAGGAUGCCAGUUCAGCUCCAGUCAAGGACACUGUGAUUAUCUCAGUCCCCGAGGUGUGUGAUCACUUCUUCCCGGACAGACCUAGGAACAGGAUGGGCUGGAGAGGGAUUUUCUCAAUCGCUCCAGCCUCCGAGGUGAAGAGAGCUGUGGGGGCUCUGAAGUCCCUCCUGCAAAGGCAAAUCCACCCCGACAGAGGCCAAGCCUCAACCUCCCAGGCUCUGGUGCCGAGAGGAUCCGCAGAGAAGUUCGCCCUCGUCCCACUGGCUCCCCCAGGAAGAGGCCAGGAGUGGCCAGAGGGUGAGGAGAUGGCCCUUGCACUGAGAGGGGCAGCAGAGGAUCCACGAGUGCUGACCCACAAAGACAUGUGCCUGGUGUUCUGUGCCUUUGCGUCCUGGGCAGUGAAGACAUCUGACCUGCAGGCUCCGGAUGCCUGGAAGACCAUGUUCCUGGCAAGUUUUGGCACGCUCUCUGCCAUCCGCUACUUCCGGAGGCAGGUCAGAGAAGGACACCCCCGGACUUAGGCUCAGCUCCCUGUCCUGGGGGCAGGUGGGCACAGUGGAGGCAGAGACUGGGGACUUUGUUCUUGGACAGUGUGAGAAGCCUGGAUCCCAGCACCAAGACUUCUCUGGACCCAUCCCUACAUGGGACAGGACGUCACAGGAAGCAGGAUCGUUCCGGUGACAGGAAUUGAUGGCACGGUAGGCAGUCGGUACCUGGACUGGAGAAAAGGGGAGCCCAGCCUGGGCUGGCUCUGGUCUUUCCUUGCACUCUCCUGGGACACUCCCUAGGAGCAGCCAGUGUCUGUUCCAGGGCACUGGUUAUCCCUCCUCCCUGCUGAACUCACCUGGUGGCAAAGGAAGGCACUGACGUGGUGGAGGGAGGUGAGGGCAAAAGAAACCAGGAAAGUGCUUCAUUCGUAUGAAAGAGCUGGGAUAUCUGUGAAGGAAGAGUGGAGAGAGCUUUGGGAAGAGCUGUCUGUCCAAACAUGGGGCUUGGCUAAGCGUGUGCUGACUAAAGGGGGAUGGAGGGGCCGCUCUCCUGGCAGAGCCCAGGGCUCCCAUGACUGGUUUGGCUCACUGCAGGAGGACUCAUCCUCUUGGAAUUCACUCCUAGAAUUCACAAUUCAGUGUAACAGUUCAGGAGGCUGAGAUAAGGUUUCUGUUGCAUGUAGCCACCUCAGCCCCGCUGAGCCAGAACCCCGUGGGUGAGAAGCACCCACUGCAAGAACACAUCCCAAACCCGUAGGCAGAGGAUGGACAGGGGUCACACAGCCAGAGCCAGGGGAAGGGGCAGCCAGGAAGGGUUCUGCAGGAGAUGCACAGGAUGGAAAGGGGCAGCAGAGAAAGGGGCUGAGCUCAGGGAAGUCUCAGGAAAGAGCCCUGACGAGGACAGGAGCAUGUCGGAGAGGAGGAAGAAGUAUGUGUACAUGUUUGGCUCUGCUCAAACCACACAAAGGGUCUGGAUAUAUGACUUAUUCCCUCUUCUGCCUCCCACCCUAGAGGGGUAAAGUUGGCUGGGGGAGAUGUGGGGUGAGGGGGGUUUGUAACCUGGGGGCCUGGGAAGGGCUCGAGGGGGCCCAGAGUGGAAGGUGGGGUGAAAAAUAAAAAGGAAGCAAUUCAGUUCCUCCCCUGUCUCCAGUGCCUUCCUCAUCACUCAAGGGCAUUAUUCAUGGGGAUUUUUCUUGACUCCCAAGUCUGGUAACAGCAUGAGUGUGAGAUUAAGCACUCAGGGACCAGAUCCACAAAGGUACAAAGGGAAAUCAGCCCAGAAUACCAGUGUGGAUCUGCCUGUGAGCUUUAUAGGAAUGGUGUGGUGAGGUUUGUCUCAUGAAACCAGAGAGGGGAGGUUUAGCUCUUUCCUUGUAAUGCAGAGUGCCAUGCAAUUUUAAUGUGUGUAGGGAUGGACUGAAGACCAUGUAUUGUUGCUGAUAAGAGAGCACACUGUGCAAUUGUACAGUGAGAUAUGUAACUGUAAGCAGUGAGAGAGAUGUACAGGCUCUAUAUGGACUAUAGCAGCUGUAUAUCCAGCAAGAGGAGUUUCGUGGAGGAGAAGAACAGAUAAAACAUGCUGGAAGCUUCUAAUAAAGUUCUAUUUCAUUUACUA